UUUAUACGGACAGUCUGGUACCGAGCUGCGCCGCGCCGUGUACGUGUACAGACAGUACACAAAAAAAAAACACAAUAAAGAUGGCGGCUAUUUGUACCUGAUCAUCGUCAUCAUGCAUGCUGCAUUAAGGUGUUAGUUGUUAAGUUUGUGACGAAACAAUCAAAUUGCAAGCUGAUGAACUGAUGUAAGAUGCAAUGAUGUCAUCAUCCAAGCAGAAAGGAAAGGGCUCUGGAUUAGCUAAACAAGAUUCAAAGAAAAAAGUGACAGAGCCCAGUGCCAAAGGUACAUGUAAGAGCCCACAUGCAGCCACUUAUAAACCACUUAAAGGCAAGUCAUUCUACUUGGAUGUACGGAGACAGGCUGCUAAACUGAAGAAAGAUCUUGAGGAUCUGGGUGCAGUUGUAGAAACCUUUCUCAGCAAGGAUGUUAGCUAUGUUGUGUCUGAUCGGCCUGAAGUCCGAUUAGAAUGUUCUAAGAAUGCAGUGUCAUUGCAUUCUGCAGCUAGUCCUGCUGUGUCGACGCCUAGUCCCUUCAAUCAAAGCAAAGAUUCAGGGAAUGGAGCUGCAGAUUCUGGAGGGAGAGAAGGCAUGGUAACACGAGGAAAGGCUAUUGUGCAGAAAGCAACCAUAUCUCAGACAUAUGGAACCAGCAAUGUGUUGGCCAAUGCACGCAACUGGGACGUUACCAUCCAUUUCAUUGACACUGUCUUGAAGUAUAUAAACAAGGAGAAGCAAAAGAUGAGAGAUGCUGGAGUCAGCUUGCCACAGACGCAAAAUCAGGGAAAGAAAGACACGGCAAACCCGUCUAAAGAGAGGAAGUUAUCCAAGCCAUCUCUUAAGGUGGAGGAUGCAUCAGGCCAUUACCGGCCAUCUACUAAGGAGAUGACAUCGUGGCCUCGAGUGACAUUUGAUGGAUAUGCCAGUAGCUGUCCAUUUGAUGUCCUAGUUCCUGGAGACAAGGCUGAUAAGAGGACUGUGAAUACACAUGAACAGGGAGCUCAGGCUAGAGCUGAUCAGCAGAGAAGACAGAAAGACCGUGUGGAUACGCCGAGAGUUGCUGCAAGGAAGCAGAUACAAGUGCCUACCCCAGGCAGACAACGAGAUGUAGGUGUCAAGGAUACUAGGAAGGGCUACUGUGAGUGCUGUCUGACAAAGUAUGCAGAUCUAGAAAAGCACCUUGCCGGGGAACAACACAGAAGCUUUGUGCGAGAGAAUAACCAUUAUGUGAACCUGGACCUGAUGAUUGAUGAAGGACCUAACAUGGAUCAGUUUCUGGAGGAUGUCGUGCAGCACCAUGAAUGGCAGAAACUAGAAGGAAUUCGGGGAACGGAAGUCAUUGAUGAAGUUGCAUUGAUUUCAUCACCGGGCAAUGCCAAGAAAAGGAAGACAUGUCCUGUGCCUGCUAGCAAAUUUAAUCAACAAGAGGCAGAAUCACAGGAUACAGAUCCAUGCAGAUCAGGAAUAAAGACUUCUAGCAAUGACAACACUCAGGAAAGGCCAGCUAAGGAUAAUGUAUCUCCUCAACAUCUUGAAUCCACAUACAGUGUAGAUCAGUCUGCCUCUUGUGGAGUGUCUCCAUUGAGAAGGUCUUUAAGAUUACAAGCUCCUGCUGUUGAGAGUAGUCCCACUGCAGUUAGUAAUCCAAAUAAUGAGAGGGUAACGUCUGUACCAGGUGCCGUAUCCAACAAGCAUGUGACUGCAGACAAUCAGCCAAGUGGUGUCCAAGGGGAGAACAUUGUACGUGAGUCUGCAAGCAAUGACAAAAGAUUGAGAGACAAAUUACACUCGGGGAAUUCUGGCAGUAGUCAGAGUCCCCCAUUGAGGCAUUCAAGAAGGCCGAGGAGCCAAAGUCAAGGAACUCUAUCAUCAACACCUACAAGCAAUCCACAGGUUACAUUAGCAGAACCUUACCAUUCGCCUUGUGAGUUGAUAGAUAAAAGCUUAACUAGAGGAGUACCUGACUUGUCUGAUUCCCCUGAGCCUGAGAGAACUCGCAAGAGGCGGACUUCCAAACUCUCCCUGUCUGCAAGGAGGCAAUCACAAAAGCAAGCGAAUACUCCAACUGAAGUGGUAUCAGCUGAUAAAGAAUCUUGUGAGCAGCCUGCUAACCAGAGUAGAGUACAGGAAAGUGACCAAGUAUUUGCACAUACACCCAGUGGUACUGGCAAAAGAGAAAGGUCUCUUCGCCUGUCACUGACUGCGAGAAAGCGGCUCUUAAAGAGAAAAGAGUUGGAAUAUUCACAGCAAGCUUCAGAUAUACACAGCAAAGCACAUGAAGGCACUUUCACUGGUGAAAAAGAUUCCAACCUUCGUCAGAGUCAAAGAACCUCAGCAGACCCUAAGCACAGGUUGGAGGCUGAUGCAAACACACAUGGAAUCGAUGCCUUGACAAGCUCUUCUAAGAAUCCUCAACAACAUGGAUCACAGCAAACAAGUACUUCUGUGCCAAGAUCAUCAAAAAGGAAGAGGGAAUCAAAUGAUAAAUACGCUAGCAAGAAUCCAAAGCGUAGAAUUACAGAUACACAGUACCAAACGCACGUGAGCCAUAAAGAGAGAGAAAAAUUGGCAGGAAAAAUAUCACAGCAAUCCAGGACUAUUGAAAAGAAUGUCCCCACAAAUGUAGAGGGAUCUCCUGGGCAGAGGACAAGCCAAGAUGUUUUCAAAGAAAACAAAAAACAAGUUCCCAACCAAAUUGGUUGUGAACUAUCAACUCGGCAACCAAACUUAGAGUCCAUCUUUAACAGUGAUCCAACUGUGGUAGAGUCAAGUUUCCUAGGAUUUGCGAGUGAUGAUAUUACUGAGACAGAACAGCGUUUACAGCAGCUGAGUGCUUUGUCGACCUCAUAUACCAGUAAACUUCAGGAAGCUGCCCUUAAUGUCUGCUGUAUACCUUCCUCGGAGCUUAACAUACCAGAAGACGAUGAUUCUGGCAGUAACUCCUCAGACAUGAGUGAAAUACAAGAGGUGGUGGUAGGGAUGGCUCUCAGAAACCUUGCUAACUUCCCUUCUGAUGGAUCCGAUUGGGAAGCUAAGGUAGGGGGAUUCAUGUCAGUCAGACUGGAUGAAGCCAUGCAGGUCAAGCAGAAAGAAUCAUUCUUGACACAAGUUUGUAUGCAAGAAAAGGAAAACAUGAAGGGGAACAACUACCAAGAAAUCCUGCACAAUUCUGGCAAAGGGGCAGAACAAGCAAACAUGACUAAACAAACAACAAUCAAGAUCAAGUCUGUCACUCCAACAGACAAGUCUGGGCCAAAGGAACCAGAGAUAAGAUUGGCAUCAGCAGAUGCCAGAGCUCCUCAACCAAGGCGCGUGCUCAACUAUGAAUCCAAUCACGCAGGAAGGUCCAAGAGAAAGAAGUCUAACUUAGAGAAUCAGGCAAGCAAACCUCGGUCUUCCCUUGCCCUCGUUUCAACAAAUCCAGGAUUAUCAUCUUCACCAGUGAAGUCUCCGAAGCUUGUCUGUAGCACUCCCAAAAAGACAAAGAAGACUCCAAGUCCUAACAAGUACAAACUGGUGUUUUCACCAGAAACACCAAAGGAGGAAAGGGAGAUCAUUCUUGAACAUUACGUGCAUGAUGUCUCUGAAGAGGAAAUUGAUUUCCCCAAAUUCUCAAGUCCUCGGCAAUCAAAUGUCAUACUCUCUCCUAUCAAAAACUUCGCUAAGAGUAUCUCCAAGAAAUCUUGCAGUCAAUCUCCUUACAAAUUGAAGGCCUCAAGAGGACUGAGAGAGCUACCUCCAAGGAGAUCUCUGUUUCGUAGGAGGCGACAUUCCACAUCAUCUAUGCCAGGUAGAGUCUUCCAUUUUCUAUUGAGUCCACCAGGUUCUCCUAGGAAGAGAGAUCCUCCAGUUCCCUCCUCGCCUCUCAAAUUGAGUUCUGCCAACCCUAGUCACUCAUUUGUUACUCAGCUGGGAGACUCAUCACAUCAGAUCACUUACCUUCCAGCCAAUGAGCACCACAAAGUCUCGCCCAUCUUUUGCACUAGCUCCAAACCCAAUUUCUCUUCACACAUCCUUCAUCCCGGGAACAAAAAGAGACGCAGUGACAGGCUAAGGAGACCAAGUAGUAGUCAACCUGUGGCAGGUAACUGCACUUUGGAUCAUCCACCUGCCAAAUCAUGGUCUCUCUGUGUAGCCUUUGAUGAUGACAUUUGUUGCAGUGAAGAUGUACGUGUAUAUGACUUUGUAGAUGAUAAAGAAGGCAAGGCAGAGACUAGUACUGACCGAUCAAGUCAAACACACAAGGUUACCUGUCAUAACAAGAAGUCCCCAACAAAGUCCAAGUCUAACUGUACUACAAAUCAGAAGACACAGAAUCCUUCAGAGCAGGUUGUACAAGAAUUUGGUCUGCCUUAUUCAUUUUUUAGGUGAGGUUUUCAAACCAUUUGUACUGAUUAUUUAAAUACAAGAAUUACGGGUUAAUCACAUUUAAUAUGCAUGGAUACAUUGUUACAAAUGUGUUGCUCAAUAUUUCCAGUUGUGUUGGCUUGAUCUUCUAAUGGUAUGGCAGGAAGAUGUUGGUAUUCAUGAUUGCGAGACCUUAGAGGAUGACUAUUUGAUGACCCUUUUGGGUAGUAAUCACGAGAAAAACCUAUGUUGCCAUGGUGACAUGCCUUAUUUCCUUUGGAUGCCUCAUGUCAUCAUAUGUAAUAAUCAUUCAUAUUACUAGAGCUUUAAAUUCAGAGAUUGAUAUUCAAAGAAGUACAGUCUCAGAGGUCAAACAUACAAGAAAAAUAUAUCCAAAAACGAAGCAUUACAUCCAUCAUCUGUACGCCGAAGUAAAUUGAAAAACUUGAUACUUGUCUUCAUCACUAUUAAGUGAACAUAAAAUGUGAUCAAGAUUUUUUAUUAUUUUGAAGGAAAAAAAUAUGUACCCAAACAGUAUAGCACAAGUACAUGUAUUCAUUUACAAGUCCUACUUGACAAAUGAAUGAAUGAUAAGGCUUUAAAUUUGUCAAAACCUUUUUUAACGUUUAUUCAUUUUGUGAAGAUGAUAGUUAAUAUGGUAAUAUUGGUAUUCACGUUAUCAUUUAAUGAAACAAAGUGAUUCACAUGAAAUUGUUGUCCCUUUCUGACAAGCUUCUUCUAAACUUCAUCUUCUAAACCCUCAUAUGAAGAGACUUGGCCACAAUAAAACAGUUACACAUUUCAAAACAUAAGCAUAUUUCUGAAAAUCAGUGUUCUAGCUCUACGCUUGGUAAUUUGUGUCAUGAUGAGUAAAAGUACUGCCUUCAUUUAUUCAUCAUGAGGUUUUAAUUGACAUGGGUGUAAUUGAUGAUAAACAUCUGACAAUGUGUAUUUAAACAAAACAUAUUUAUGAAGGAGAUAUAUGAUGAAAAUUGUCCUCAAAGGGGAAGGGGAAGCAUUGAAAGUAAAUGUACAGUGAAUAUAUGUAUGAAAAAAUGGCAAAGGCAAUGCCAAAAAAAGAGGCCCAUUAUAAGUACAACUUUUCCUCAAAAACAACUUAUUUGUUUCGAAGGUCUUAUGAUUUUAUUUUGAGUUUAUUCCUUUCAAAAUAAAUUGAAGCCCUAAGUAAUACAGCAUUGUUCAAAUUGUUUUUGUGUAUGAUUUUGAUAUGAAAUAUUCAGAACUAAACAAUGUAUUUUGGGGCUUAGAUAUGAGGUAGAGUGUAGUCUAUAGAUUCCUUCUCUCUAUUCUGUCUUUGUUAUCCUGGUUCCAAAUCACAUUCCGGUGAAAUGUAUAAUUGUAUGUCAUGUUUUUUAAUGAUGUGGCAUUAAAAAUUCAUCAUUAUGCUCCAACUUGUUCAGUUGGAAUUAAUUAAUUAAACAAGUAAAGCUGUGUCCUGCUUUUGUCCAUACUUACCGUUUAUACCAAAUCAGCUUGAUGUUAUUUGGUGAGUGUAGUUGCAUUUGAAAAAAAAACACGGUAACCCAAACAAGUUUUUGUUUCUUCAAUUGCUACCUGACUUAUUUAGCCAUGAGCAUUUUUGUUUGAAAUGUGGGUAGCAAAGUCUUCUUUACCCUAGCAAAAAACCAAAAAGUGUUCACUUUGACUUUGAUUCCUUUCCUUCAAUGUGCACAUUUUAAGUAAAUAUUUCUUAAACUGUUAAAAAAAAGACUUGUUACAUCAGGUUUCAGUUGAAAACAACUUUGGUGUUAGUAAUUUGUCUCUUAUUUACAGUACUGUUAAAUCUUUCAGGGUGCAGAUUUCAUUAAGUUGUAUGUACUUGGCAUGACACAAACAAGACAUUGAAGUUGUGAUAUCUUCUUAUUCUGUGACUAAAUCUCAGGUUGCAGUUCAUACAUACUUUCAUGUUUUUCAUGUAAAAAAAUUCAAAUAGCAAAUAAGUGCCUUUUUGUGAUUACAUUUUAACAUUUUUUUUACUGAUGGAGAAAUAGUUGUCCUUAUUUCUGUAUGUGCUACAUGAGCGCUGUGUUUAUAGUUCUUAAUCUUCCUCAGGUAGUCGGUGUUUCUUUUUAUGUACCAUAUUAUAUCUUUUAAAGUGGAUUUUAUUAAAAAUCAGAUAACUGA